UAAUAAUUUGAACUAUAGUCGCAAGCAGCCAAGCAGUAUUUCAUAAAGUUUGAACCUUUACAUCACAGGCAUGUAUUGGUUGCUGCAUUUUGAUUGGCCGUUGACAACCAUUCUGUUUAUGAUAUGGUCGACGAAAGAUGGGUGAAAAAAAUGGAAGAAAAAAAAGCCUUAACAAACACUAUAUGACCACUCUUAUAUGGACAGGGGAGGAUAGAUAUGUCUCUGGAAAGGAUUCAUUCAAAUCUCUGCUAGUAAUCAGUAGACUGAUGGAGAAUGUGUGCGCCCAUGAGGGAGCCUACUAGGAUUCUCUCGUUAAGGCGGAUGAGAUUUUUUUUUCCGCAUGCCAUGCCACGUCCCUGCUCUGGAGGGGCCAAUCAACAAUAAGCUCUCUAAGGGCAGGUAUCUGUUACCUGAGUCACGUGACAAGUGGACAGGUAGGUCGACCCAAGCAGAGACUCAUACACACCCUUACCUAACACAAUCUCCAACAAGGAGCUGUUGGUCGCAAUGCGUGACUCAAGAUUUCUGCCGUUUACUUUUUAUUAACUUUCGCCAUUAUAACAUUUCACCUUUAGAGAUACUGCCGAAAGUUUGGAUCUUGUAGAGUUUUGUAAAUGCGCGCGGGCGUGUGAAUGUAUGUGUGCGGAACGAAGCUACGCUACCUGUCCUGUCCUGCGUUGGAUGGGAAUCUUUUAGUGCAGAAUUAAUUGCUUUUAUCGGACUUAUUGUGGAAAAAUGACGGAGAAACUCGAUUGCCUCGUGGCAUUAUUCGUGGCAACAUCAGGCACUAGUGGAGAUGAGUUGGGCACUGAUGAGAGGGAGCUCGUGCAGCUGGUCUGGCAGGUCGUGGAUCUGGAAAGCAACAAGACGGGGGAGACAAACGAGAUUGUGGUCCGACCAGAGGUGGAGGAUCUAGAUCCUGACAUCUUACAGCAGACCGGACUGACCGCGCAGAGAGUUCAUGCCGCGGAACCGCUUGAACAGGCCGUCAAACAGUUCAAUAGUCGUCUCAGUGCAGAAGUGAACCAACGGCAUUUCUGUUUCUGCACGGAUGGACAGAGACACAUACGACAGGUCAUUCAUCCAGAGACCUCCAAAAAGAACGUUUCGCUCCCCACAGAGUUUUACUCCUUCUUUGAUCUCCGCAAAGAAUUCCAGAAGACUUCCUCCUCCCUGGUCAAACAGAACGAGCUGGACUUGCCAAUUAUGUGCGACUAUCUGAAUGUAUGUGUGGACUCCUCACUCCCGUUUGCUGCUCACAAGCUCCAGCAGAUUGUUGGAAUCAUCCAGGCUUUGAAUACUGAGCAUGUGGGCCAUCAGUUCUCCAGCCCAGAGGGGGUGAAUAUGAAGUUUGAAAUUGGAACAUACAGUCGUCUGGAGUGCGUGGAUGACAACAUGGUGAUCAGGGCGCGGGGGCUUCCGUGGCAGGCCUCUGAUCAGGACAUCGCUCGCUUCUUCAGAGGACUUAACAUUGUCAAAGGUGGAGCAGCGCUGUGCUUGAAUGCCCAGGGGCGGAGGAAUGGAGAGGCACUGGUUCGUUUUGAGUCUCAGGAGCACAGAGACCUGGCCUUACAGAGACACAAACAUCAUAUGGGAAACCGAUACAUCGAGGUGUACAAAGCCACAGGCGAGGACUUCUUGAAGGUUGCUGGUGGAUGCUCAAGUGAGGUAGCUCACUUCCUGUCUGGAGAGGGACAUGUGAUUGUACGCAUGCGGGGCCUCCCCUUCAGUGCCACGCCCCAACAGGUUCUGCAGUUCUUUUUAGGGUGCCAAGUAGUAGAUACCAAAGACGGAGUUUGCCAGGUGAAAGGGUCCAGUAACGGAGGAUGCCAGGUCGCAGGUGGCACUGAUGGGAUCUUAUUGGUCAGAUAUGCUGAUGGGCGGCCCACUGGCGAUGCCUUUGUGCUGUUCUCGUCAGAGGAGCAUGCUCAGAUGGCCCUCAAGAAACAUAAGCAGCGUCUUGGAAAACGCUACAUUGAGCUGUUCAAGAGCACAGCCGCUGAGGUCACACAGGUAUGCAACAGGUUCUCCUCAACUCCUCUGAUUUCAAUGGCACCUUCUCCACUGCUUUCUGUGGUACCAUCACCAUUAGCAACAGGACUGUUACCCUUGGCAACAGGUGCAUUUCCAGUGACAACGAGCAUUCGUGACUGUGUGCAUUUGCGAGGUCUGCCCUACGACACAACGAUACAGAACAUUCUAGAGUUCCUGGGGGAAUUUACUGCAGAUAUUGCACCACAUGGAGUCCACAUGGUGCUCAACUCACAGGGGCGUCCGUCUGGCGAGUGCUUCAUCCAGAUGUCCUCUCCGGAGCGAGCUUUCCUGACUGCGCAACGAUGUCACCGCCAUCUAUUAAGGGAGCGCUAUGUCGAGGUGUUCCAGUGUUCCCAUGAUGACAUGCGGCUUUUACUGAGGGGCGGGGUUGUGGGCCCAAACGGGCGGGGCUUGUCCCCACCACCAUGUGUCUCCAGCCCCUCUUUCUUUCCACACAUGGGGGUGGGGCUUCCCAUGGAAGCAGCUCUUUAUCCAGCCCACUUUCUGGUCAAUACACACCCACUGCCCUUCUACACGACGUACUAUCCCAGUCCCCCAGGCUCCCCUCCGACUCUGGGCUUCUUCCCGCCUGGAUCCUCUCAGUGCCACGCUUUACCAGCACCUGGACACACCCUCCCCAGCGGAGUCGGCCAGACCAACAACAGUGACGUCAUGGUAACAGUUCCUGCCUUGCUCUCUGCCAAGCAAUCAUUCACAGAACAGAGUCUGGGAGUUGGAGCUUUGCUGGACCUGCAGCUGUCUUGGAACAGAACAUAAUGUGUACAAAUGAGGACUUUUGUAUACAUUUACCAGUAGCUGUGCAAAUGUUCUUUGUGUUCUCAGACAUAUUAAUGUUAGUUAUUUAUACAGAAAUGUGCAGUCAGUGUUUUCUGCUGUGAAUUUUUUUUUUUAAUCUUCCAGACUUACAAAAAAAUGACAUAUCUGAAGGAUAACAAUGAACAAUUCUCCUUGUCUUUUGUGUAUGUUGAUGCUUACUGUACGGUAAUAUCGGAGAAAUUGCUUGCAGAGCAUUUUAAAUUUUUUACCAAAUUGCACCUAUAACACCAAAAGAUUUAGUUUUUGUUAUUAUAUGUGAAUAUGUGUGUGUGUGAGAGUGAGAGAUAACGAAAGAAAGAGAGAAAGAAAGAAAGAAAGAAAGAAAGAGAGAGAGAGAGAGUAAUAAUAGUUCAUGUUUACAUGUUUGUCCUCAAUAAAUAGUUUUUGUGUCUGUGUGUGAAAAUCGCCAUCACCUAUAGCUAUUUUAUAAUGUCUGUUGUGUUUCACCAAGCUCUCAGGGAACUCCAGGAAUGCGUCCAUUUGUCUUACAGCAAAGGCACAUUACCUACAGAUGUAUUCAUUUAGCAGAUCCUGUUAUCCAGAACGACCAACCCCACAAGUGGAGCCUACUUUCUGUUCAGAGUGUGGUGAGCGUGAGCAUGGUGUAGUUAUCUUGCUCUGCUAGUUGAGCUACAGGAUGGCUAAUUGCAGAAAGGCUCAUUCCACAGGAGGCCAAAAAACUCAUUAGGAUAGAAAGCAUAAUUAAAACAGUGUGUUACGUCAGAGAACAUCAUAGAAUAACCAUUAUGUGUGACAGUUUCUGUGAGUGCCUGUGAGUCCGAUGGACAGAAACAUAGUCUCAGAUAAUGACGAUGAGAAUAUAUUUUCAGUACUUUUUAUCUUUUGUAUAUCUAUGUAUGUCUACUUUCUAGUUUUAAAUGUAGCUUUUAGGAUUUUUGAAGUAGCGCUCUAUUUUUAAAACAAAUUUAAAUCUGUUUUUUUCUUUGUGAAUGAAGUUGUUACAUUUAUGCUUGUGUUUACAGUUUAUGCCAAAUUUAAAUGCACUGUUGAUUACAAAAAUGAUCGUGCUUUAUGUUUGUCUGUGCAUAGGUGUGGGAAGGCUGUAGAAUUAUAAAAAUAAUGCUGGUUCAGCAUGACAUCCAUUCCAAGUCUUCCAAUAUCAAAAUACCAGGCAUUAAUAAAAAAAACCUGUUCAUUACGGGAAUCACAAGUGGAUCAUAAUGUGAAUGAACCUCCCUGAUGAACAAACAGCUAUUUCUCACCUAUGUGUGUAUGUGUGUAUACAUUGGGAGCAUUUUGUGUGUAGGUAUGUUGCUAAAGUGUGUCCGCAUCUAUAUGAGCCUUCCUCCUAAAGUAGAUGUACACUACAGUAGAUGAGUUUGUACAAGUACAACACGAUUUGAUGUAAUUUGACCCAGAAGCUGAAUAAAGAAACUGAACAAUA